CAUUUCGCUUCCUCUGUUUUAGCUUUAUAGGUGUGACUGACACUUGUGACGUCACCUUUCGGAGCCUCAGUUUUGUCGCCUGUAGACAUAAAGCUGCUUCACAGAACUGAUGAGAGGAUUCAGUGAGACAGAGCUUCCAAAGCGGUUUGCAGGAGGGAGCUCUGGAGGCAUGGCCUGGUGGGCAGAGCAUGCCUGCUGUCACCUGGCACCACGGGCAGCAUGAAGACCCCUGUGGAGCUGGCCAUCAGAGGGAUGCAGACCCUCCACCGUCAGCACCGCUGCAGGGGCGGCUAUCAGGUCAAGGCCAGGGCAUCGUACGUGGAUGAGACUUUGUUUGGCAGCCCUUCAGGCAUCCGGCCCACGCCGCCAGACUUUGACCCACCCUGGGUGGAAAAGGCCAACAGACCCAAAGGAGUGGGCAGAGAGGCUCCACGGGCUUCGGGGGCCAAUGGGAGCUGUGAGACCACCUCCUCCAGGGGCAGUACCCCGACCCUCACCCCAAGGAAGAAGAACAAAUACAGACUGAUCAGCCACACUCCUUCUUACUGUGAUGAGUCACUAUUUGGCUCCCGACCCGUGGGCACCUGCUGGGAGGCCCCGUGGAUGGUGAAGGGGGGUGCUUCAAAACUCCACACGCUCUUCUGGACACCCCCAGCCACCCCGAGGGACCACCCGCCCCACCCCAGGGAGACCCCAGUGCGCACCAUUCACCCAUUCGCUCCCACGAAGACAGAGCUCAGGGAGGGGUCCGAAGCUGGGAAGGUGUACAAGGGUGGAUUAGACUCUCCACGGGCUCUGAAUGUCCCCAACACUGGCCGCCCACCCACCGGUGGCUCCCCCACGAGUGGGCCUCGGGAUCCCAGGCCUUCGCUAUCGGGGGUGACCUUCCAGAGCCCCCUGGUGACUCCCAGGGCUCGGUCAGUCAGCGCUUCAGUGCCAGCUACGUCCCAGCGUGGGGGUGCCACCCCGAGACCAAAGCCCCCUUGGAAAUGAGUUUCUCGGUCCUUUCAUCAGGUUUGCCCACAGCAAGGGGAGGCGUCUCAGAGGAUGGCACAGGUGAGGGGCUCCUGGGGAGACCCCCCGGUGUCGGCAAGGCACUUACAGCGGCAGGCAUGGUGAGGGUGGUCAGGGACGCCCUCUGUCCUGACAACCUCUGGUUCCCUGCUGCCCCCACAACGUGGAUGUGAGGGCCACCCCUUGAGAGGCCUGUUCUAGUCCCUUCGUAGCCACAUGCUGUAUCGGUGCCAACCCAGGAUGCCCCCCAUCACUCCCACACAUUGUCCUGCCGCCAAGUAUGAAUAAAUG